GCUUUUGGCUUCUCUCCACCACCAUCAUCAUCUCUUCUCUUUAUUUUUUUUUUCUCUCUCCUCCAUUUUUUUGCUCUCAAAAACCCUAAUUUUUUCCCCAUUUCAAUUUUCUCUCUCCUUUUUCUUCAUCUCCGAUCUCUCCGAUUCGUCGCCGAUUUACCCCGAGUGGACUCAGUGAGUGACUCGGUGGUUUUACUGUGAUUGUUAAGUGUUUAAGUGUUGUUUUUGGUAUAAAAUUGCUGAGUCUAAUUAUAGCUUCUCGAUGUGCGUUAAUGGCGGCUUCUCUUGCGGCAUUUGAACGUCCUAGACUUGGUCCUUCUAAUACGGUUUUUAAGAGUGGACCACUUUUCAUCUCGUCUAAAGGAUUGGGCUGGAAAUCUUGGAAGAAACGUUGGUUCAUUCUGACACGCACGUCUUUAGUGUUCUUUAAAAAUGAUCCUAGUGCUCUUCCUCAAAGAGGUGGAGAAGUGAAUUUGACGUUGGGUGGCAUUGAUUUAAAUAAUUCUGGAAGCGUUGUUGUAAGAGAAGACAAAAAGUUGCUGACAGUGCUUUUCCCUGAUGGACGUGAUGGCCGCGCAUUUACGCUUAAGGCUGAGACAUCGGAGGACUUAUAUGAAUGGAAGACAGCCUUGGAGCAAGCUCUUGCGCAGGCACCGAGUGCUGCCCUUGUGAUGGGUCAUAAUGGCAUAUUUCGAAAUGAUACAAGUGAUGGCAUUGAUGGAUCUUUUAAUCAAUGGCGGGAUAAGCGUCCUGUUAAAUCUCUGGUUGUUGGACGGCCAAUCUUGCUUGCUUUGGAAGAUAUAGAUGGUGGACCCUCCUUUUUGGAAAAAGCUCUUCGAUAUCUUGAAACUUAUGGAAUUAAAGUGGAAGGAAUUUUACGACAGUCAGCAGAUGUUGAAGAGGUGGAGCGCAGAGUUCAAGAUUAUGAACAAGGCAAUAAUGAAUUUGACCCCAAUGAGGAUGCUCAUGUUAUUGGUGACUGUGUGAAGCAUGUUCUUCGCGAGCUUCCUUCUUCUCCUGUUCCAGCAUCUUGCUGCACUGCGUUGCUUGAGGCUUACAAAAUUGACCGUAAGGAAGCACGGGUAAACGCUAUGCGAUCAGCAAUACUGGAGACAUUUCCAGAACCAAAUCGUAGAUUGUUGCAAAGAAUUUUGAAAAUGAUGCACACAAUUGCCUCUCAUUCUUCUGCUAAUCGGAUGACCCCGUCUGCUGUUGCUGCUUGCAUGGCACCUUUACUUCUACGCCCUCUUUUAGCGGGCGAGUGUGAGUUGGAUGACGAUUUUGAUAUGAAUGGUGAUAAUUCAGCCCAGCUUCUGGCUGCAGCAAAUGCUGCUAAUAAUGCUCAGGCUAUUAUUGCAACUCUUCUGGAGGAGUAUGAGAAUGUUUUUGAUGAUGAUAGUUUACAAAGAUGCUCAAUUUCAGCCGACUCUCGGAUUGAAAAUAGCGGGAGCGAUGACUCGACAGAUGACGAAAAUCUGGAUGUGAAAGAAAAUGGGUAUCAUAAUGGUGAAAAUGAAGCAGAUCAAGAAACAGAUGACGACCAGGAACGUGUACUCAGUGGUAAACUGAGUGAAAGCAGUGGCUAUGGUGACAGUGACCUUUAUGACUACAAGGUUCAAGCUUUCGGAGCUGAUGAUUCUGAUGGAUCUUCCAGAGCCAAUAAUGCGUCGUCUGUCAACUCUAAACCUCGUUCAGAUACACAAACGUUACGAGAUUCUAAUGCUGAUGUGAGUGAACUAAACAAAGCAGUAAAAGUGACAGAAAGCUCCACGAAUGGUACGGACAGUCCCAAGGUAACAGCUGGGGAAUCUUAUCGUUCAAUGGGGGAGAUAUUGUCAUCGAUGGAUCCAGGACCUCCGCUACCAGGUCCUGAAUUAAAUGGUGAAAAACCAACUAAUAAAUUCUCAGGUUCCGGUGUUAAGCGGUCAACAUUUUGGAGUAGAAGUGCUGUUCGUAAAACACCAUCUAUGGAGUCGGUUGAUUCUUCAGGAGAGGAAGAACUUGCAAUCCAGAGACUCGAAAUAACAAAGAAUGACUUGCGACACCGAAUCGCAAAAGAGGCAAGGGGAAAUGCAAUAUUACAAGCUAGCUUGGAGAGAAGGAAACAAGCCUUGCAUGAGCGUCGCUUAGCGCUUGAACAAGAUGUACAAAGACUGCAAGAGCAGCUACAAGCUGAAAGAGACCUUAGAGCUGCAUUGGAAGUUGGUUUAAGCAUGUCCUCUGGGCAAAUCUCUAGUUCACGUGGUAUGGAUUCUAAGACAAGGGCGGAGCUUGAGGAGAUUGCUCUUGCUGAGGCAGAUGUGGCUCGAUUGAAGCAAAAGGUGGCUGAAUUGCACCAUCAACUCAAUCAGCAACGGCAGCAUCAGUUUGGUUCGCUAUCUGAUGCAUGUGACAGGAGAUUUCUUCAGCAAGACUUUGAUAGUACCCUUGCCUUCUGCAAUAUUGAAAGGAAACAGAGAAAUGAGGAGGGUUCACUGCUUCCAGAGUGGAGUCACAUCAAGGGACAAACAUUAGCUGCUGGAAGCAGCAGCCGGCAGCCUCGUAAGCAGUUCCUGGAGCCAACUAGCUCGAAUGAUUCGAAAAGCAAUGAACCAUCUGCCAGCAAACCUUUUGAUGAGUUUGGUGGUGUUGAUUCUGCCUCCGGGACAUCCACUUCCAGAGUAACAGAGGCAUUGGAUUUUCCAAGACACCCAUCAGCAGCAUCGUCCACAUUAGUAGAGUUAACAACCCGGCUUGACUUUUUCAAGGAGCGGCGAUCUCAACUGAUGGAGCAGCUGCACAACCUUGAUUUAAAUUACGGGGUCGCAACCUCCCAAGACUAUUUGUACAGACCAUCUUCGCCGUCAUGGAGCUGACCUUGUCACCAUGCUCAGCCAGAAAAAUCGAAGAGAGAUAAGCUCGGUGUUUAUUAUUUGUACAUUCUUUUACUUUGCAUAUAGUUCUCCUGUAAUUUUUUAUGAUACUCUUUUUAAGUCAUCACUGCUUUCGAUCUUUCGUCAAUUUAGCGAGUUUUGUGUUCUUUAGUGCUUUUUGGUCGCGGAAUCACGGAUGAGUUUCUCUUUCAUUUCCUCCAGUCCGUUUCUUGUGGUUCUGGACUAUGUAGAAUUGGUAGCCUGUAUUGUAUGUAUAUCAAUAUCAUUGUUUUGUAUGAAAGUUUGAAAAACAUGACCUGAGAGUAAGCGAAAAAAAAGGAACAUCUGUAAUGAUUUAUGUAGUAUUUUAAUAAGUAGAAUGGUUUAUCUUA